UUCGCCAAAGAAUCCACAUCAUGCUGGUGCGAGUGGAGGAACUGAUAUCGGAAAUAUACGCCACCCGCCAGUGUCAAGGUAUGUUUUAUACGGCGCUGUUGUUGGAGGACCGGAUAAAAAAGACAAAUAUAACGAUGAUAGAGAAGAUUAUGCUAGAUCAGAGGUGACACUAGAUUAUAAUGCGCCAUUUCAAAGUUUAAUGGCUUACCAAGUGAUGCAUGCUAAUUAUCCACCGCCUUAUCUCGCAUUUUAA